UUUCAACACACAGUUAGACACAGUUAGAACUUCUGAAACUGGUCUAUAAUGGGAGUGAUGACAGAGAGGGGAAGAGAACCCAUCUAUUAGUAAUUUAGCAGAGAAUGACCGCGCGCGCCUUUAGUGGUAAUUUUAACACUUGUUCAUUGUGAGUUCUUGUUUUUGAGAAUCCGCAUAAGUUUGCCCAAGGGUUACGUGGGUGUUAUCGAGUGGGAAUGUGUGGAAUAAAAGCCCGCACAGACCCUGCGAAAGAACACACGACGCAUCUCGGGCUCGGACAGACGCACUUGAUUUUUCUGCGCUAAAUUUGAAGCGCGCAACAGACCGAAGAUGGGUUCUUUGAUGUGGUUCAUCGUGCUCUUCUGUUUGUCCAUAACGAGGAUGUCUGCGCUUAACUUUUUCCCUGAUAAAUUUGAAAUUGGUGAAAAACACACAUCCGUUACCCUGACCUGUAAAACGAAUAAAGACAGUGUCACAUGGAAACGUGAUACCAUAGAAAUAAAGGAAUCAGAUUUUGAAAAACCCAGUGGUCGAAGUCUGACCCUGAUCGACCUUCAGGAAGACCUAAUCGGGAAUUACACCUGCUGGAGUGAUAAGGGUCUUGAAGACUACACCUAUCUCCUGCUUGACAAGUCUAAAGAAGAUACAGUGUUUAACAUCAAUUGCACAGCUGAAACUCUUUCCUGCACUGAACACAUCAAAUGUACUUGGACCUCUGAAGAAUUUACAGCUUUCAGACUUCGCAAUACAAGGGAUAAUGGUAACUGGGUGUCACAGCCUGUGGAUGGGUUAUUUUUCCUCCCACAUUCAACUAAUUCCUAUUCUGAAGAAUCGGAGCGACUGCUGAUAACAGGGGAGGCAGUUUCCCCAUGUUGCUAUUUGAAAACUGACUACAGCUUCUACCUCCGAGACAUUGUUAAGCCAGCCAAUCCAAACAUUUCAAUCUGCACAGUAAAAAAGAAGGGGAGUGAUGAGCAAAUCGUAGAACUGGAGGUGAUGCCACCUUCUUCCUGGCCGCAGCCUCACAGUUUCUUUCCUCUGAAGCAUCAGGUCGAGUACCAGAUUCGACACAAUGGGGAGCUGAAGACUAAAGAAUGGGAGAAGGACUCAAAGAUUGAAGUUAAAGGGCAUAUCAGAAAACUAAGGGUGCGCUCCAGAGACAUGCUUCUCCUCUCUCAGUGGAGCGAGUGGACCUCAUGGAAAAACGUAAACUAGUGAUUUAAACCUCCCUUCCUCCUGAACCCUUUAUUUAUAUCUCCUGUCCCAUUUCCUGUUCCUUAUUUAUUUAUUUAUUUAUAAUAGUGUUCAUGUUUGAAUGAUGAUGACACUGGUUACUUAUGACUGUUACACACACACACUGUACGACUGUAUGCACCAUGUCUCUGUCCUAUUAAAACAUUUGCUCUUC